CGCCCGGGAUGGGACCAGACGGCAGCUGCAGAGGGACAAUAACCGAGCGUGAGCUUCCACCAACCAAACCUUCAAGUAUGAUCUGAAGUGGAAGCUAACGUUAGCAGGACGAUGCAGAGGUCGGUGUCCAGUUUGUCUCUCAGUCCCAGUGUAAAGGUGAAACUGGUUAACGCUGGUUUCCAGUUCACCGCCGACCUGCUACACGUAAAGCCGCUACAACUCAGUAAAGAGACCAGUUUGUCCCAGCUGGAGGCGCUGGAAGUGCUGCAGGCUGUGAGGGGAGAGACGGGAGGAGGUGAUAAUGAAGCAUCAUCUUCUCUGACUGCUCUGGAGCUCCUGCAGAAGGAGGAAGAGUUGAGGAGCAUUGUGACAUUUUCCUCUCAGCUGGAUGCUGCUCUCGGGGGAGGACUUCCUGUCGGGAAAACCACAGAAAUCUGUGGAGCUCCGGGGGUUGGAAAAACACAGCUUUGCCUGCAGCUAGCAGUGGAUGUUCAAGUGCCUCAGUGUUUUGGGGGCGUCGGAGGUCAGGUGGUCUACAUUGACACGGAGGGCAGCUUCUUGCUUCAGAGAGUUGUUGAUAUUGCCGCCGCCGCUGUCCAACACUGCUCCUUAUUGGUUGAAGAUGACGAGCAACAAGUUGCCAUGACAACCUUCACCGUGGAAACCAUCCUGUCCAACACCUUCCUGGUGCGUUGCCAUGACUACGUGGAGCUGCUGGCAGAGCUCCACCUGCUGCCUGACUUCCUAUCCAACCACCCAAAGGUCCGCCUCCUUGUGAUUGACAGCGUGGCGUUUCCAUUCCGGCAGCACUUUGAAGAUCUCUCUCAGAGGACACGCCUUCUCAAUGGCCUUGCCCAGCAACUCAUUUCCAUGGCAACCAGUCACAACAUUGCCGUGCUGAUGACCAACCAGAUGACCACCCGGCUUCGGGGCGGCCAAUCACAGCAGGUCCCUGCCCUUGGAGAGAGCUGGGGCCACGCCGCCACCAUCCGGCUCCUCCUGCACUGGGCGGGGGCUCGGCGGCUGGCUAACAUCUUUAAAUCCCCAGAUCACAUGGGGGCCACGGUCCAAUACCAGAUAACCUCCGAGGGGUUCAGAGACGCCGACCAAUCGGAGCAGCCACCGAGCAAAAGAGCCCGGAAACACACCGUCCAAAUGGCAGCGUUCAGGUAGACGCCGGGCUUUGAUUGGUCAGGAGACCAAGGAAUAGCUCAGAGCGUUAAUGUUUGUGAAUAUAAAUAAAUCAAACACAUCUGAUACAGAAACAUGAGGUCCAGUAGGACAGUCUGUGCCAAGCUGUUUCUCCUCCUCCUCCUAAGAACGAACUUGUGUCCUCUGGAGAAUGGACACCCGAGGACAGACGGACGGAGGACAUGCGUUCUGCACCUGGACACUUUGAGAUACAGCUAGUGGCUGAGACAGUGUGUCUUACAACGUCAGCUGGUCUUUGCAGCUGCUUUGGAUUGAUUUCAUAAAGUGAAUACGCCUGCAAGCUUUCAAUGAAAUUCACCGUUUUGAAAGCAUAAUGUUUCAUCCACGUGAAUUGUGUAAAUGCAAAGAGGUCUUUUCUUGAGGG